CGUUUUCAAGAGUAAACAAAAACUUGUUUGUCAAAAUGAAACCCAUACCAUUCACCAAAGCAGCAUUUCUAACCACUCUCACCCUCACCCUCACCACGCCAGGCGUAUCAUCCCAAUACACAACCACAUCACCCCUCUCCAUACCAAUCCGUCUCAUAACCCACAACAUCCGCUACGCAGCCACCUCUCUCUUCACCAACGAAGCCCCCUGGUCCACGCGCCGCCCCCUCAUCGCCGCCGAACUCCACCACGUCGCCAACGCACCACCCAACUCGCUAAUCUGUCUACAAGAAGUUCUACACAACCAAGUCGUCGACAUCCACACGGAUCUCAACGCCGGUACGACCGCAAACACAACAGCCACCGAAUGGGCAUACAUCGGCGUAGGUUGUGAUGACGGCGUCCAAGCAGGGGAGUACUCACCAAUCUUCUACCGACCAUCCGAAUGGCGCCUGCUCUCAUUCCGUACGGUCUGGCUCAGCGAGACGCCAGACGUGCCUAGCAAAGGGUGGGAUGCGGGCAGUGUGCGAAUUCUGACAAUAGGCGUGUUUGCACAUGUGGCGACCGGGCGGGACGUGGUGGCCAUGUGCACGCAUCUGGACAACCAGGGGACGGUGUCGCGAUUGGAGUCUGCGAAGCUGAUCAUCGAGCGGAUUAACGGGUAUACGGGUGCGAAUGGGACGGGCCCGGUUGUGCCGGUGUUGUUGGCUGGGGAUUUCAAUAGCGAGAUGGGCCAGGAGGCGUAUGAGGAGAUGAGCAGUGCGGCAUCGCCGGUUGUGGAUUUGAGAGCGCAAGUGCCUGAGGGCAUUAGGUAUGGAAAUGUGAAUACGUUUACGGAUUUUACGGAUGAUACGGGGGAUGAUAUUUUGAUAGACUUUUUAUGGGUAGGGCCAAAUAAUGCAAGUUUCUGGAAAGUGGAGGGAUACGCGGUGCUGGCGAAUAAGUUUGAUAAUGGGAUUUAUAGCAGUGAUCACCGGGCUGUGGUUGGAGAUGUUGUUUUGAUGUCAUGAGGUCGAAAGUUGGAGAUAUUGUUAGUAGUAUGAUUGGUGGUCGUAUGACGAGCCUGUGAGAGAUUCGUCAAAUGGCAACACGAGUCUUGCUAAUCCUCACAG